CUUCCCGUUCUCUCUCAAAAAAAAACAUUCUGUCGAAAUCCUCUCUCCCGCGAAGUUGAUAGAAAAACACACACUCUUUUGCAACUUUUGCACGCAAUAAAUGAGCAACACACACACAGUGUGGGUUCAACAGAAAGCCUGUUACAUCAGCUGUCGAAUGGCGCUGGUUUCAUGCCCAUCGAACAGUCACAGCACGAAGUGAACGGCGCCAAAAGCAGGCACUUCAUGGCAGCAAUUUUCAAGCGGGCAUACUUGUUGCGGGUCCGGAAAAAACAAUUAGGUUCUAAAAUAGGACCUGAUGCAAACUGCUCAACAUGGCGCGUACAACGCUAAAACAAAAAUUGAAUUUGAGCCGGCCUUUGUAGAGCAACUCGCCGCCCACGCCAGGCACCUGGCCAAUCCAGCACCUACCAUGACCAAGCGUGGUAGACGGGUACCGACAGGCGGCACCAGUGGCCGUCCACCUACAGCGAUCAAGGGGGCCAACGCUGCGGCCGCAAGAAAUGCAAAGGCUAUGAACAAGCUCCUGGAUGAUAUGGAGAAGAGAGAGGCGGCCACCGCCGCUGCCGAAGCAGCUCUCGCGGCCAAGGAAGAAGAGGUGAAGGCCGUGAAGGCGUCAGUGGACAAGGAUCGGGAAAAGCUCGCGCGGGACAUCGCGAGGUCGGACGUGCUUUAACAGCAGCUUGAACGGCGAGAGCAGGAUCGUGUCAGCAAGGUUGCUGAAGCGGCGACUUCCAAGCUUGCCCCUCUCGCGCUGAAGUUUGUCAGGGACUCUGUGCAAUCACUGAGGCCCAAGACUAGCGAGCUCACCACCCUG